AUGUUUCGUGCAGAGGGUAAUUUUCUUUUUAUUGAUUUAGAUACGAAUUUGGAGUUGUCUGUUGGCAAGAAAGAUGGUAAAAAUUUACAAAUGGUACACUUUCGAAAUUAUGAAGAUAUCACUGAAGAUUUCUUGAAUGAAAGACUUUUUGAAAUAGUUAUAAAGGAAUUGAAAGAAAGAUACGAAGAAGUGAAAGAGUUGUUUAUAAUGACUGAAAAUGAUGAUGAACGUGUAAAUACGAUUAAAAGAAGGAAUAUUUAUAUAUUAAAAAAUGAAAUAAAACGUUCAACUGAUUUAUUUUCAAAACAAAAAGUGGUUGAAAUCAAAUUUGAACAAUAUGAUGGUGAUUUAGAAUUUGUAUUGAAAGAAGAAACAGUUCUCCAAAUUUUUAACGACAUUUUCAAAAAUAAAAUUUUUGCAUUUUUGAAAGAAAUGCAAAUAAGUCACCGAAGUAUUCAAAAUGUUGUGUUGAUUGGGCAAAUGUGUGAAUUUGGAUUGUUGAAAAAAUAUCUGAUUUCAUUAUUUCCAGAAGCAAACUAUUUUGAUGAUGUUUAUCCAUCUGUUAUUGCUGUUUUUGGAGGGUGCAAUUUCGGACAUAUUCGAGGUUGUAGUAUGAUUGAUAUACAUGAAACCGAAUUUGUCCAAAAAGACAUCACCAUGUUGACAAUCAAAGACAACAAAGUCGAUUACAAAAUUGUUGUCGCAAAAGGAAGACCAAUUCCAGUCGAAGAUGUGUUCAUUGAGCUCACUGUUAUGACUGAGACCGUUGAUAUUAUGUUGUACGAAGAACGUACACCUCUCGGUGUUUAUCGAGUGCAGAGCAGAAUGACAAUUGGGCAGAAAAUCAAAAUCAAUAUAUCCAUAAACUAUCUUGAAGAAAUCAAACUUGUUUUAGUGAACACUGAAGGAAGCGAGGAACUUGUGAAAAUAAACAAAGAGAUUCAGAAAAAACCUAAAGAGGAAACAAAAGAAGUUGUUGAGAUGAGGAAAAUGAUCAACAAGUUUUUUUAA